AUGUCUGCCUCAAACUCUUCGAGAAAGCCGGCCCCAAUUUCAUUUGCUGCAUCUCAGUAUUUCGAUGGGAAUGAUGGAAAGUGGUCCAGCUUUGUUGUGCGUGCGGGCACGCCUGGGCAGUCAUUUCGCGUCUUGCCGUCAACAGUUACCAGCGAAACCUUCUUACCUUUAGCAGGCGCAUGCAAGGAGGACGCUCCUGAUAAUUGUACGUUCCUUCGUGGCGCUGAGAUGUAUAAAGGGAAGGCGAACAACGGCUUCCAAGUACGGAACUCUAGUACCUGGCAUGAGAUCGGCAUAUACGGGACCACAGCGCGGGAAGAGCUCGGGUAUAAUGCCAGCGGUCUUUACGGUCUCGACACGUUGGGUCUCAUGAUCGUGAAUUCUGGCGGGCCCACGCUGGAGAGCCAAGUAAUCGGAGGGGUCGUAAACCCACGGUUGUGGGUUGGUCGAUUAGGUAUGGACGUCAAACCAAGUAACUUUUCCGAAUUCGAGAAUCCACAGCGAAGCAUGAUAUCGACUUUAAAGGAGGAGCAGUACAUACCAAGUUUAAGUUACGGCUACACCGCCGGGGCAUACUACAAGAAACCGAACGCUUUUGGGGGCUUGACUUUCGGGGGUUACGACCAAACUCGUUUCAUUCCAAAUACCAUCAGCUUCCCUUUCGACGCAAAUGACAGUCGGAAGCCUAGUCUCAACAUCCAGGCGAUAGUGACUCGAGACAUGCAAAACCAAACCGUUAGCGUAUUUCCAGAUGGCCCAGCAUAUUCAUUGAUCGACUUUGCGGAAUCGCAAAUCUGGUUGCCCGUGUCUGCUUGCGAUGCCUUCGCUAGAGCCUUUAACCUUACGUACGACAACAGUACCGAUCUCUACGUGGUUGAUUCACAUACGCACGCUCUACUCAUUGAGCGAAACCCUUCAAUAACGUUCGGUCUCGGCCAAACGGCGAAUCCGGGUGAGAGAAUCAACAUCGUAUUACCAUAUAGCGCAUUUGACCAACAGGCGUCGUAUCCAAUCUAUCAGAACACGACGAAUUACUUCCCGAUCAGGCGAGCACAGAAUGAGACGCAGUAUACGCUCGGUCGUACAUUUUUCCAAGAAGCGUACAUACGAGUCGACUAUGAACGGAACAACUUUUCGGUGCACCAAGCCUUAUUCCCAGCAACGAACGAAAGACAGCAGAUUGUGCCAAUUUGGAGUCCAGGGUUAGAAAACGCUGCUACAGGAGCUAGAGCUAAAUUGAUAAACACAAGUAAAGGCGCAGUAGCAGUUUGGCUGUUCCGCCGUCGCAAGAUGGCGAAGGAACGUAGCGAGCCUAAGACGGAGAAUACGUGGGUUGAAUGCGCAGACCAGCCCAGAUUGGAGGCAGAUGGAGUGAUAUUCUUCGAGAAGGACGGUCGGCCAUUCGCUGAAAUGGAAGGUCAUGUCUUCCCCGAGCUACACUGUCCACCACCAGAAAUGGGGGAACUCAAUGUGAGAAUUACGACAGCGGAUGUAAGUUCAAUGUUUCAGUUAUAUGAGAUGGGCGAUAACGAGAGGAACUGCGGAGAGCUUGGUGUUGUCGUACCUGAGAAAAGAUGUCCUCCCCCGGGGUGGAUAUAA